AUGGCCCCCGCCGCCGCCGCCGCCCCCCCGGUGGCCCCCGGGAACGGGCGCCUCGGCCGGCCGCGGGCGCCCCGGGUGGGGCUGCGCGUCUAUGCGGCGGCGGCGGCGGGGGCGGGGGCGGGGGAGGGGCCGUCGUGCCUCUACGUCGGGCCCAUCGAGACCGCCAGCCAGGAGAUGCUCGAGGCGCUCUACCGCCAGGCUAGGGAUUCGUACUACAGCGGCCAGCCUCUGAUUGUCGACGACAUGUUCGACAAAGUCGAGCUGAAGCUCCGGGUCUACGGCUCCCCAUCGGUCGUAAAAUACCCCCGCUGCAGCCUCAAGCGACAGUCGGCGUACGCGGACGCCGAGGAGGACCACUCGAUGUUUAUGGCACUGUCGAGCAUCUGGACGCUGCUGCUCCUGCUUGGUACCUCGGCGUUCCUGGUUCCGAGCUUCUACACUCUGAGCCUGGCGUUCGGGGACGCUUUCGGAGCAAGGUCUCUCUUCUCCGCUGCUAAGUCCCUUGACGGGAUAACGAGGGUGAACCACAUGGUUUUGAUUGGACUAGGCUAUCUGAUUGGCUAUCCGGUUGCAUCCGCGUCGGUUGGUGCAUUGCAAGGCCUGUUGACAAACAAUGUGGUUGCACUAAAAGGCUCUUGCCCAAACUGUGGCGAGCAGGUCUUCGCAUUCGUGAAGACGGAUAAGUCCAUUAAAGCACCCCACAAGGCAGAAUGCCAUGUCUGUGAGUGCCCGUUGGAGUACCGUACUAAAGUCGAGAGAUCUCUGUCUGGACCUAGAAGAAGCUGGGUUUACGGCCGGGUUUAUAUGGUGAAGCAAGGGCAUCCUAGAAAAAGGAGAUGGAUAAAAGACUAG